UUGCAUGUGAUUUCACAUCAUUUCAUUGAUUUAUGUAUCAGAGAGAAGAAGAAGAGAAAGAAGAAGAAGGAAAGAAGCAGCAAGAACAGCAAGAAGAGAUAUUUAUAAGUUUGAACAGAAAGAGGAGAAUGGCAGCUCUGUGUGGCCCUGCGUUGAACAGCUCCUUCCUGAGGAAGCAAGCAGUGAACAUGUCAAGCAUGAAGGCAUUCGAAAACGCCAACGCCGUGUUUGGUGUGAAAGAAGGACGAGGUGGUCGUGUGACUGCCAUGGCCACUUACAAGGUGAAGCUGAUCACCCCAGAGGGAGAGAAAGAGAUAAAAUGCUCAGAUGAAGAUUACAUUCUUGAUGCUGCAGAAGAACAAGGCCUUGACCUUCCCUAUUCAUGCAGGGCUGGUGCCUGUUCUUCCUGUGUUGGAAAAGUUGUGUCUGGCAAAGUGGACCAGACAGACAAUAGCUUCCUUGAUGACGACCAACUUGAAGCAGGAUUUGUUCUCACCUGUAUUGCUUACCCGACCUCUGACGUUGUUAUCCUCACCAACAAGGAGAAUGACCUCGUUGAUUUUUAAAUCUUAUUUUCUUUCAGAUCUCAUGUGCUAGUGUUGAAUCAGGUGAAUCUUGUUGCUUUUCUUGCUGCUUCUGUUAUGAACUCUCAUGUUAUUGCUUCUUGUAUGAAUUAUUAAGCUUCAAAGUAUAUUUGAUGAUAUUUUUUUUUAUAA